GUAUUUUUCUUCUUCCUUCCUUACCUUGUAGGGCUCUGAGCUCGAGUUAUAAAAAAGCCAACUUUGAUUUCUUUGCCAGUAUUUCAUCCUUAAUCCAUUCUUGUGGUCACUUUUUCGUCCUUAACCCAUCUAGAUUUUGAUUCUAAAGUCUUGUGAAUCGGCAGCGGAAGAAGAGUGAAUUGUUCAUCCUUAUCUUGCCAUGGCUAUGUAUAUUCGUGUGAAGCGCAUGAAAACUACUUACUUUAUCCAAUGUGAUCCAACAGAGACUGUUUUGGAUGUUAAGCAAAAACUGUUUGCUCUCAUUGAGCAACCAGUUAACAAUCAGCGUCUGGUCUUAAUGUCUACCGAAGAAGUAUUAGAGGAUUCGAAAUCCUUAGCAGAUCAGAAGGUAUCACACGUUUGACUAUCUAAUAUAUUUAUCUUUUGAGUCAUUGCUCAAGUUUAAAAGAAGAACUUGGUCACAUAGCCACUGCCUCCGUUUGCGUGUAUUUGAAAGUUAUAAGCUUGUCACCAUCUUCUUUUUUGGUUGUUCAGGUUGAGAAUGAUGCAGUUGUGGCUUUGACUUUGAAGAAAGAUGAUAACGAGUUUGAGGAUGUCAACAUUGCACAGCCCACCGACUUCUCACUUUCAUGAAGAGUUGCUUACUGUAUCAAGGAAACUUCAGGAGAAGGUAUUGAUUCAAAACACAAGGAGGAGUCUAUAAACGCCAGAAGUUGUUUCUUUUGCGUCUCUGCUUGUGUUAACGCCUCUUUAGUUUGUUACAGACAAUUGUUGUAAGUAAAGAUAUUGAGAUGUGGAAGUUUGAUUGCAACUUGCCAGAUUAGUAGUUUUUACAGUCUCUUAAUAUGUUUACAAUG